AACAUAUUAAGAAAAUGAAUCCCUCCUGUUUUUUUAGUGGUAACGUGGCCCCAGAAAUUUGAAAAUUACUCCUGUGGCUUACUUUGUGGGUUGCAUCCUAUUUCUCUUGGACAGUGCAGAUGUAGAGAAGAAAUUCCUGUAUGGGUCAGAAGUUGGAAGAGCUGUUUCCUGAGUCCCAUCCAAUUAUUACAGAGUUUGUGAUUCCUAGUGGACGGGGGAAUUUAACAGUGGUCAGAGCCUGUGGAAACAGUCCAGAGAGGGUGCCCAAAGUGGGUGACCUUAGAAUUGAAUUUUGAAGUUGGGGAGUGAAAAUCCUUUAAGGAAAGUGGAAUGGACAGAAUAGGGCUCUCUGACAGACCAGGAACGGGUCUGCCCCCAACCCCCGCCCCUGAGGAGGAAUGGGGCUCUGGGCGAGAACCCAAGAGGAGAUCUGUCCCCCUGGGACAGAGUGUGCUGCAGCCCUGAGAUCGGAAUGAAUGAGGCCCAGCGAGCAGGAAGUCCCUGGGUCCCCUAAUCCGGGGGUCAGAGUGACCCCGAGUCUGUGCAUUUUCCUGUUGCUGAGCCCCUUGAAUGAUUUAGCAAGUUCUUCCUGCAGUAGGGUUUUUUUCCUGCUGGGUGUCAGCUGGGAUCCUGUGACCCAGAGGAGAGUCCUGUCCCACAACAGCUGAAAUAGCUUCUUUUCUUGGGAAGCCUUUCACAUUGUUCUUUAUCUGGUCUGUGGUUGCUGGGAACGGCCCUUCCAUGACCGGGAAGCUGCAGCAGCCGUUGUGUAGAGCGCAGAACUCUGCAGAAACAUUCUUAAUGUAGCAUGUUCACAGUUGGAGUCGUCAAUGCCCACCCCCCCCAAAAGAAAAGUCGUGGGGAUGGUGUUGGUGGCUAGGGGCCGGGAGCGCGGUUGAGUGUCAUUGAUGCGCAUGUGCUGAGUGUACUGAAGAAAUGCUCUUUGAGUGGGCAUGUCAGCCUCCGGUUUCCAGUGUAGGCCUGCGCACGUGACCGACCACCGCUAUCAGCUUACUCUGUGGCAUGUUAUCAGCUUAAGCCAGAUGUCUUUCUGAGAAAGGCUCUUGUUCCCUGCGGCUCUAACACUGACAUGCUCGGAGGUGGCUUUUCUCGGGUCAUAAUUUUAAAAAAAUUGCUGUAUGUGUGUUUGGGGAAUGACUCUGUGAAUGAGAAGGGCACACAGUGGUCCAAAGACGGGGACUGAAGUCAGGUAGAUUCAACCCAGCGAGUAACAGGAGCCAGCGGUUGAUGGACACCGGCUUUGGGCCAAGUGCUGUCCUAGCUCAUUCAGGUCUCAUGGAGUGGCACCAGGGAGAUUGGCUCCGCCCUGACCAGGAUGUGCAUGAGACACAGGAGCAUAGAAACCAAGCUCAGGCAGUUCUCCAGUGCUUUGAUUGAUUGUCUGAUAAACCCACUUCAAGAGCAAAUGGAAGAAUGGAAGAAAGUGGCCAACCAGCUGGAUAAAGACCAUGCGAAAGAAUAUAAAAAAGCUCGCCAAGAGAUAAAAAAGAAAUCCUCAGAUACGCUGAAACUGCAGAAGAAAGCAAAAAAAGUGGACGCUCUCGCUCCACAGAGGUUUGAAUUGGAAUCUGUCCUCUCCAACAAACCCAAAAGGCCCAGAUCUCCUAUAACAGGGCGAGGCGAUAUCCAGCCUCAGUUGGACAGCGCUCUCCAGGACGUCAACGACAAGUACCUCUUGCUGGAAGAGACAGAGAAGCAGGCGGUCCGGAAGGCUUUGAUUGAGGAGCGUGGUCGGUUCUGCACCUUCAUCUCCAUGCUGCGGCCAGUGAUCGAAGAAGAAAUCUCAAUGCUAGGGGAGAUCACUCACCUUCAGACCAUAUCAGAAGAUCUGAAAAGCCUGACCAUGGACCCUCAUAAGCUGCCCUCCUCAAGCGAACAGGUGAUUCUGGACCUGAAAGGCUCUGAUUACAGCUGGUCGUACCAGACGCCGCCCUCUUCCCCCAGCACGACCAUGUCCCGCAAGUCCAGCGUCUGCAGCAGCCUGAACAGCGUCAAUAGCAGUGACUCGCGCUCCAGCGGCUCCCACUCCCACUCCCCCAGCUCCCACUACCGCUACCGCAGCUCCAACCUGGCCCAGCAGGCACCCGUCCGCCUGUCCAGCGUGUCCUCCCACGACUCAGGAUUCAUUUCCCAGGACGCUUUCCAGUCCAAGUCACCAUCCCCCAUGCCGCCAGAUGCCCCCAACCAGAACUCGUCCAGCUCGGCCUCCUCCGAAGCCUCCGAAACCUGCCAGUCCGUGAGCGAGUGCAGCUCGCCCACCUCGGUCAGCUCAGGCUCCACCAUGGGCGCCUGGGCGUCCACAGAGAAGUUGUCUAACGGGUUUUCUCACUGUAGUUUGCCAAGUGAGUCCCAUGUGGGGCCCGUGGGGGCAAGCCUUUCCCCUCAUUGCCCGCCUGCCUCCCGCCUGCUCCCUCGGGUCACCUCUGUCCACCUUCCAGACUUCGCUCAUUGUCACACCAUUGGGCCCGGCAUGUUCCCGUCAUCUCAGAUCCCUAGCUGGAAGGACUGGGCCAAGCCCGGACCUUACGAUCAGCCUCUGGUGAACACCCUGCAGCGCCGCAAAGAGAAGCGGGAGCCGGACCCCAACGGAGGAGGACCCACCGCCGUGGGUGGCGCGCCUGCAGCGGCCGAGGAGACUCAGAGACCACGGAGCAUGACCGUGUCAGCUGCCAACAGGCCUGGUGAGGAGAUGGAGGCGUGCGAGGAGCUGGCGCUGGCCCUGUCGCGGGGCCUCCAGCUGGACACCCAGAGGAGCAGCCGGGACUCGCUGCAGUGCUCCAGUGGCUACAGCACGCAGACCACCACGCCGUGCUGCUCCGAGGACACCAUCCCCUCCCAAGUUUCAGAUUAUGAUUAUUUCUCUGUAAGUGGCGACCAGGAGGCAGAUCAGCAGGAGUUUGACAAAUCCUCCACCAUCCCAAGAAACAGUGACAUUAGCCAGUCCUACCGACGGAUGUUCCAGGCCAAGCGCCCGGCCUCAACGGCUGGCCUCCCCACCACCCUCGGACCUGCUAUGGUCACCCCAGGGGUUGCCACCAUCCGACGGACCCCUUCCACGAAGCCUUCUGUCCGCCGGGGGACCAUCGGAGCCGGUCCCAUCCCCAUCAAGACCCCCGUGAUCCCGGUCAAGACCCCAACUGUCCCAGACCUCCCCGGGGUGUUGCCCGCACCUCCGGAUGGGCCAGAGGAGAGGGGUGAGCACAGCCCCGAGUUGCCCUCUGUGGGUGAGGGCCCCCAGGGUGUCACCAGCAUGCCCUCCUCCAUGUGGAGUGGCCAAGCCUCUGUCAACCCUCCUCUCCCAGGCCCGAAGCCAAGUAUCCCCGAGGAGCACAGACAGGCGAUUCCAGAGAGCGAGGCCGAAGACCAGGAGAGGGAUCCCUCAAGUGCCACUGCUUCCCCAGGCCGGAUCCCGGAGAGUGACGCUGCAGACCUGAGCCCCAGAGAUACUCCGCAAGGGGAAGAUAUGCUGAACGCCAUCCGUAGGGGCGUGAAGCUGAAGAAGACCACGACAAACGACCGCUCCGCCCCCCGCUUCUCAUAGGCUCUCACGGGCUCCCCAGAAAUGCUGCCAGUGGGGGAGGAACUGUUCAAUCCAUAAAACCUAAUUUGUCUCGAUCCAUUCCAAUCUAUAAUCAGACAAAAGAUUUUGUAGGCAACUCAGAACACAGCUCUUUUGAAAGUACGCGACACCUUUAGUUAAGAAUUAAAAGUAACAUACGUAACUGACAUACCUUUGAUCUUUUAAUUUGUAAAUAUUGACCAUUUUCUUUCUGCACAUUUUAAUCUUAGUUUCCCUUUUGAUUUUUCUGAAGGUGCCAAAUUCCAUUUAACUUUUUUACAAGUCUUUGUAAAAUUUUAAAUGCAUAAUGGGUAGGGGGGGUGGUUGGGGCAGGGGAAACACAAAGUAGUUAAUUUCAGAAAAAAGGAUAACUCUACUUUAGCCUUUUCUUUUCUCUCCUUUUUUCCUGCAAGCUUUUGUAGAUGCAUUGUAGUAGUCUGGCUUAGAAGCAAAUUCAAGUUAUUUUAAUGUACAAACAAAAUGGAUCAAGGGGUAAAAAUCUUCCUUUACAUGUAGUACGUUCUGGCUGAGAAAAGCAGGAGUAACAAUUGAGCAAUAUUCAGAGUGAAGUAAAUCUGGAAAUGGUAGACUCUGUUGGGAUUGGGGGGAGGGCCAUGGGAGGGGCACACUGUCAGCAUAGCCGAUCCUGUUAACAUGUAAGAGUAGCCUCGUAGGUUGAAUUUCUAGUAGCUUCAUGGUAAAUGCAUCCGAAUAAGCCAUACUGGAUUGCAGUGUUUGUUUCUUUAGGGUGUUUAAGGACUUCCUUUUUCCCACGAUUCCUCCUGACUGUACACAGCACCCACCUCCAGUCCGAGCAUGCUGCCGCCCCCGGGUAGACCCAGAGACCCCCACUUCAGUUCCUCGUCUCUUGUGCCCAUGUUCAUUGAAUCCAAACACAUCCAGAAAGGGUAAGGCAGUUUUAAAAAUGUGAAAACAUUUUAAAAUGAUAGCAGGGAAUUCUUAGAUAUAGCCAAUGCCUUUUACUUAACCGUGCCCAGCAGGCUGGGUGCGUUGAAAAGCCCAAAUAUUUUGAACAAACUCAAACGGAUCUAACAAGGGUAACCAGCUUGGAAUCUAGCAACUUGCCAAUGUGUUUACUGAUCUGGGGGCUUGUUUUUCUUCUCUUCUUUUAAAUAAGUGGCAGUUAAUUGGCAUCAUACCAAACAUUGAAGAAUGGAGGAUUUAUUUAUUGUCACUGGGAAUCUGACCACUAUAAUUGUCCCUUUUUUUUUUUUUUUUUUUUUUUGGUAUUCUAGGUAAUGUUUUUUGGAAUGGAUUUAUGGCUUUUCUUUUUUAAGUGGAAGUUAAAUUUGUUCUAAUGCCCAUUCCCUAAAGCCAACAGAGAUCUGUAGAUAUAAAGGGAUCUUGUUUGGAGAAGGAAACAGGUUUGAAAAAAACCAAGCAAGUCCCUUAGCACUUGGGUCCGUUUCUCUUGAAGGAAGCGGAGCUUGGGGGGGGGGGGGUCCCACAGACCCUGCAGGUUUCUGUUGGCUCGACUCUUCAAUUACAUAAUCUUAUGCUUUAAUACAUAACUGCAUUGGAUGUGAGAGUAAUGUACCUGUAUAGUCACUGUUCUAUAUAUUAACAUUUAACACUGCUGUGAUUGCUCAAGGGCAUUUUAUGUUAUGGCUUUAAAGCAAAGGCAUGAUUAUUAGAAAACUAUUUAAGCUUUUUUUUCCUUUGAAAAACAAGCUCCUUCUACAGAAUAUAAGCAACAGUAGUGCCUGUGGUUUAGCCCACCAAUCUUGAUGACUAAAAGUAGCUGAUGCAUUGUGCAUAUGAUGCUUGAGAUGGUUUUUGCAAAAGCAGAAAUCACUGCAAGGUAAUUAAUUACAAUAGAUAAAAGUGGUAUUUUAAACCUUUGAAAUAAAUGGAUGUAACUGUACCUUGGUACAGCUUUCACUUGUUUAGUUUUUAAACGUUAGUAUAAUCUGAAUAAAUUUAAUAUAAAAUGUUGCCAAAUUCAAUGUAGAAAGAAUGUGACAACACACCUUGGGUAGUUCUGUUUGUGUUUUUGCAUAUUGUAAAAGCAGUGUCACAGCUAAAAAUAAAGACAUCGUUUCUAAAGGUAAAUUAUUGUGGUUUAGUUGCUAGUUUGUACUGAGAGUUGACCUCUCCCUGUGCAGUUUUUUUGUUCUAAACUUGUAUAAAUAACAAUCGUGUAUGUGUCUCCCUUCUACCUUGUAACAAUUGCUUCAGCCUACAUUAUAAAUAAAGAACCACUAGAAAAAGUCCUGGA